UACGGUAGAACCUCAGAUUUACGAACACCUUGGGAAUGGAGGUUGUUCAUAAUUCUGAAAUGUUUGUAACGCUGAACAAAACGUUGUGGUUGAUCUUUCAAAAGUUUACAACUGAACAUGGACUUAAUACAGUUUUGAAACUUUAUUAUGUAGAAGAAAAAUGCUGCUUUCGACCAUCUUAAUUUAAACGAAACAAGCACAGAAAUAGUUUCCUUAUUUUGUCAAAUCUUUUUUUAAACUUUCUCUAUUUUUUUUAGUAGUUUACAUUUAACACAGUACUGUAUUUCAAUUUUAAGUAAUCCUCUUUCUUCUUUUUAGUGUUUGUUAUCCAUGAAAAAAAAUGCCAACCCAGAAGCCCACCGAUUUUAAUGUCCAUUCAAAUAGCACUAAAAAAAAAUGCUACAGUAAAACAUACCAGCACUAGUCUUUAUAAUGACAAUUAAAAAUAAGCAUCCAAACUUAACUUUCCUGCUUAAGUACUAUAGGAUAAACUACGCAGACUUGAAAAAAUCUUCAAUGGUACUCUGCUUGAGGUUGCUAACAGGCUUUUUUGCUGCUAAGGUGCACAGCUCUUGAACCAUCAUUAGGUUCAUUGGUGUGGCUUCAGGCUGUUGUCUUCAAUUGCUUGAACAGGCAGCGAAGUACUCUUCUGCUUGCAUGUGUGGGAUCUCCUUGGUGUUUCUCCCCCUCCUUCUUGUCACUAUCAAUGUCACUGUCCAUUUCUCUGUGCUGUUUCACGUACCAAUUCAAUUAUCUCAUGGUUGCUAAGAAUAGGGUGUCCAUGCUCAUAUUUAUCUGCGUUUAGCCAUUCCUUCCUGUUUCUCCGUGGUGAUAUCCAAAAGAUGUCGCUCUUCAGAAAAAUUUAGUUGAUUUAUUUCCAUCUGAUCAUUGUUUUCCCAAUUAUCAGGUUCAGUGUUAUCAAUACAUGGCCAAAGUUUAUUCCACUAGCGUCUCAAAGACUCAGAGCCAAUCUCACUCCAGGAUUUGCACACAUGUCAGCAUCUUUGCUGACAGCAUCUUUGAUUGUCAGCUGUUUACAAAAAUCUGUAAGAUUCAAAUCGCAUUGAUCCCAGUAAUAAUUGCCAUAAGAGGUUUCACUUGUAUCUAUGUUUCAUGUUUGCCAGAAUGCCUCGGUCCAUUGGCUGAACCGUUUGUGAUGUUUGGUGGCAAAAACAAAUACCAAAUGCUUCCGUCAAUAGAUUUUCAAUGGCAGGGUGACAUGGAGCAUUAUUGAUCAGUAGCACAGCUCGGCUAGGUAAAGAUUUUGACAUAAGGUAGUCUUUUACAAGUGGAACAAAGUUUUUUAAAAAACAGUUGGUAAAAAUGCCUUUAUCCAUCCAAGCACAGCGCUGGCUGUAGUAAUGGACGGGUAGAGCUGACAUAGUGAUGUCUGCAAAGCAGACUUUUGUGAACGAACACCAAAGGGAGCCAUCAUUGUGACCCCAUCUUUACUGGAUUUGAAAUUCUUUGCUGUUUUUCUGAACUAUCUACCAGAGUCUUGUUUGGAAGCAGGCGUGAGUACCGGCCCAACUCGUCACAGUUAAACACAGUCCUGGGUAAGUUUGUGCUGUUCAAUAAAUGAUUUGAAAGUGUUUGUAAAUUCACCAGUGGCAUUCGAGUCAGCUGUCAGAGACUCCUUGCAUCCCCAACUGCUGUAUUCCAUGCCACCCUUGCUUGCUUUAAAAUUGUCCUCACCUUUGUCUGGAUACAUUUCUCAGUAGAUUACUUGGCCUUUUUUGUUACUAUCACACCGGUUAUAGUAGUGCCUUUUGAUCUCGCUCUUGCAAAUCACAGUUGCAUUGCCCUAUCAAAAUCAGCAGCUUUGAGUAAAUACAGCUGCUUUUUACUGCUCCACUGUCUUUGGAGUCUUUUGAAAAUUGCUUUAUUUUUUCCUGGCUUUUCCAAAUAUCAAUGAUGGUUGCUUUCCUGAUACCCUAUUCUACUGCUAUGUGGCUGAGGCUAACACCAUGGCAUUGUCAAGUUUUUAAAAUAAUUCUAGCUUUAUGUCAACUGAAAGUGUGACACAUUCUCACUUGCCACUGCUUGCCAUUUUGCUCAGUCAUACAGUAUUUGCUUUAUUAUUUAUUUAUCCCAGCUGAUGCAUGAUUGCGUAGGUCCAGGUCCAGGUCCAGAUGAGGUGUGCGGGUUGACCGGCCAGUUCCUAUCUCUGGUGUUCGUGUCGCCGAGGUCCUACUCUGGAGUUGUGGUGGUGCUAGGGGGCAGAUGGGAAGGUUUCCUCCUAUUUCCUGCUACUAGGUGGCCGGGGUGGUGAAGAUGUGGCCGGGCCUCAACGUCUGCACGGCUCCCCUAGGCUGGGGCAACGGGGUGGGAGGUGGCGGCUGCGGCACGGGGGCUGCCCCUGCAGCGGGCGCGUGGGGGGAGCCCCGGCUGCUGUCUCCGUCCCGCGAGGGUGCGACAGACCGCGCGUGGGGCCCGGCCAGGGGGCAGCAGCGUGGGCGUGGAGCCGGCUGGUGCCCGGAGGGGCGGAGGGAGCUGCCCAACCUGCCUGGGAGCGCUCAGCUCCCUCCCCGUUCAUUGGCAGGCUCCCCUCGCCGUGCUUCCUGCUCCGGCCGCCGCGCCGCCAGCCGCAGCCGCCGCUUCCUCCGGGCCGCGGGGAGGUUGCUGAGAGCCGGGAAGGUGCUGCCGGCCGGGCCGUCCCCCAGGAGCGAGCGGGCCGUGGCGCGCUGCGAGCGGCGGAGAAAGAUUUCCACAGUCUUUUGAAAUGGUCGGGCUAGGAAACAGCCGUCGAGGGAUGAAAUCUCCACCUCUUCUAAUAGCUGCGCUUGUGGCUUGUAUGAUUGUUCUGGGUUUCAAUUACUGGAUUGCAAGUUCUCGCAAUGUUGAUCUACAGAGUCGGAUUAUGGAACUAGAAAGGAAAGUCCGCAGGGCAGCAGCAGAGAGAGGGGCUGUUGAACUAAAAAAGAACGAAUUCCAAGGAGAACUAGAGAAGCAGCGUGAACAGAUUGAUAAAAUCCAGUCCCUCCAUGGUUUUCAGAUGGAAAAUGUCAAUAAAGUGCACCAGGAUGAGAAGGCUGUGUUAAUGAAUAACAUAACAACAAAUGAGCGAUUUAUCCAGAAUCUAAAAGAACACUUGAUAAAGUUACAGAAGGAAUACGGAAAGCUACAACUGGAUGUGUACCAGUUUCAGAAAAACCAGACUAACCUUCAGAAGAAAUUUUCCUAUGAUAUGUCCCAGUGCAUCAAUCAGAUGAAAGAAUUAAAAGAACAAUGUGAAGAGAGGAUAGAUGAGAUCACAAAAAAAGGCAGUGAGGCACCACAGGCCAAGGAAAUCAAAGACUUAUUGAAAAAUUCCAACAAAAACUACCAGGGUAAUAUUCAGCUGCCAACUUUUAAUCGACCAGAGCUCCAACUGCGUGACCUAGAAGAGCAGAAAGGAGAUAAGGAGCAAGAGAAGGACAAAAUUCCUGGAAAUGUAGCUGUAGAAGCAUCAAAGACAACACCCAGUAUAAAAAAGGUAGCAGAGAUUGAGUCUCAUAGAGACAAAGAAGAAAUACAUGAUCUGGUUGCGGUGAACGAAGAGGAGCCUAAAACAGAAGAUGAGAAGCUUUUUGUUGAUCAAGGACCCCCACAUGAUUCAGCCAAGAGUGCCAUGAAUCACGAAGAACUCUCUCCUGAACUAGGAAAGGAACCGAAUCCAUAUGAAGGGGUAAAUGUUCCUAAAGAAGGUGAUGCAGAAAGGGUGUCUGUCAAAAUGCAAGAACUACCUGCAGGCCAUGCUGUCAAUCAAGAAAAUGCUGCCAACGAAGAAGUGGAGAGAGAGCACCUCUUAAAUUAUGAUGCUCAGCUGGAUGACCAGGAGCCCAAUCAGGAUGACAAACAGGGAGUUGAAGCAGGGAACCAGAACAACAUAGCAGUGGACUACAACUCAGAUGAGAAUGAGGCUGAAUCUGAAACUGACAAGCAAGCAGCACUGGCAGGCAAUGAAAAUAAUUUGCAUGCCGCAAAUCCUGAAGAUCUGAAUAUGAAGAACCACUUAUUUGACCAAGGUGAAGAGGAGAGACAGAAGCUGUGAAUAAGAAAGUACACCAUAUGUGACUCAAUCACCUGCAAACAAAUCCAACCAUAAAGAUCCAGGUGAAGCUAGAAUGCUUGAUUGCCAUCUCAAGGCUUUAAAAGGGUCCCAAAUAAAGUAGAUCGCUGUUGUGAAGUUUUAGUACUCUGCUUCAAUGGUUUAAAUUAUACUUUGUCUCUUACAGAGGUUUGUUUAAAGCAAUUCUGACUUCUGUCAAACUUUUUUUUUUUUUUUACUGUUUUAAAACCUUAAUUAGCUAGCAAUAAUUGUAAUACUUUUAAACAGUCAGCCAAGUUGUACAAUCAUAAAACAAUGGCAUGAAGUAGGGGAAACAAAGUAAUUCUAAGAUCAUAUAUUGAAUCCCUACCUGUGCUUCACAUGCUAAACUUAGACUAAUCCUCCCCCAGUAAAUGGUACGUUUAGUCCUUAUCACUUAGGCUUCCACAAGGCUCGAAUAGUUGACCUGACCCUCUCAAACUACUACAGGGCUUUUGGAUAGCUUUUCCCCCCCUCUUGUUAAUGAUAUCUCUCUUCACCACAGAAGAAUAGCAUGGUUUCCAUUGGAGGUCACUUCAAAGAGGCUGGACCUGCAUUCAAAAAGCUAGCAAGGUGGUGUGGAUUAGCUUGUACAACUCAUUUUAGUCGGAGGAUUUGGUUUCUGUAAAACUGACUUGCAGCUCUUGAAGCUACCACUGUCUGUCUGAGGGAAGGCUAAAAUGGCAUGCCAUGUAUAUUCCUUACUUCACCCAUUCACCACUGCAUUUAAAGACAUUUUUAGGUAGGACUCCAUGAGUAAACUUGAACACAUUGAAGUUAUAUUAUGCAUAACAGAAUACUUUCUCACUGUUAGUGUACAAUGUUUUUACUGUAACAUGUUGAAUGUAUUCAUUGUGGUAAACAAACAUACAAUACCUCCUUGUGCCAUUAGGAAAGCUUUGGGAGCGCUGGCCUUGCUUGUUACUGCAAGGUGCCUGUUUGAAGCAGGAGUUUAAAGUGUGGAAAGUCCACCGCACCAUCUAUCAGAGAGAGUUCUCCACCAUGCUGUUUUAAAACUAUUAGUAUCUCACACUCUCUCAGCUAUCCCUGAGGUUUUGUCCUUGAUUCCACUUGUAAAUCCUGAUUGCUAAAAGUGGGUAGGUUACAGGGAUUUGGAUCCUGAUACUGAAGGUUGCCUGUAUGCCAUAGUCCAGUGUGUCAGACAGCAAGAGAAAAGAAAAUGAAAGCAGCUUGUAUCCUGUAACUGCUUGUUCAAGAGGACUAUUUUUAUAACUCGAACAAAUCCAAAUCAAGAGUUGAGAUACUAAUGCAGAACAGUAGACAGUAAAACACAAUUAGAGGAGAGAAGAGGUAGUAGGCAUGACUGAAUUGUACAAAGGACUGCACACUGCAUUUAAGUUAUACUCUAACAGUGAGGGAAAUCUGAUGCUUAACUCACUACUCAUGCACUUUAUUUCCUUUCCAGUUAUGUACUGUAUGCCAUAGCUCACAGUGCCAAUAUUCUGGCUUUAAUAAUUUGAGCACAAUAUUUUUGUAUCUUAAAUAAACGUAGUUGCCAGACAAUAAAUAGGGCUGUGCUCAGAAGCUGCAUUAAACCUGGCCUUUGUUAUACAUAAAUGAAUGGACAUAGACAAGAUUUGCUUACGUGAGUUGAGAGUUUCUGAAUAAUGUAACUUUAAAUUGUCCUAAGGCAUUGCAAUGUUCCCCUCUAUACAGUAAUAAAGCCAGACACAGAAAUAUUACAUUUCUGAAACUUUUCCUCUCACAAUACAUUGUGUUCAUGGUUUGGGGUUAGGCUAUACAAACUUAAGGAAAAAAUACAGGCAUUUUGUAGAGUGACAGAGGAAUGGAAGAGACACAAGAGGACACCACCUCUAAAAAUGUGGCCAAAGUUGGGAUGUAUUACCUUUGGCAGUAGUUGCAGUUUUUAGUAAAAAGUUAAAUUAUCUAUCCCAACUCUCCAGCCAUUAGGUAAUAUUACACAUCAAGCUGCUCAGACAGCUUAAAAAGAUAAGGUGGACAUUAAUUUAUGACUGUCAUCCAUUACAUGGGGGUACAGAAUCAUCUGUAAAUAAAAACUUACUUUCUAAAUGGUUUUUGAAGGAUUCAGAUUCUAACUGUAAUUUUUAAAAAUGUAAAAGGCAAGGGGCUUAUGUCAACUGUAUAGAAAAGAAUUUUAGAACUAAAGCUUUUUGUAGUGGGGCAAGAGAAAUUAGAUUUACUCAGAACUGUGGUUUUAAACAACUUUGUAUAUUGCCUAAAACCAUUUGUACUCACUUUUUGAGUUUCCUGAAUGAAGUUAUGAACUUGAUGGGGAGGGGAACUGAUUUUUGUUCUUGUUCAAAAUGUUUUUGCAAUGAAGCCUGAUCAAUUUUAGAAAAACAUUUUAAAAUAAAACUAAAUCUUUCUCA